AUGGUCAUCAGCAGUAGUGCAGUAACAUUAAUACAUAUAUUACAACGUUUGGUUGUUUGUGUAUUGUUGGGCAUCAUCUGCCUUACAACAACAUUCAAGGAUGACGCCAGAGGAGUAGGAGGUGUCGACGCGAUGAUUCAAGUGAUGAACCUCACACUGUCCCAGAAAGGCUUGGUACAAUUCGUACCAUCACAAUCAAUAAGAUUGAUGAUACUUUAUAAUACAACGAAUCCGAUCACAUCGUUCAACAUCACAUGUCCCUCAUUUGUGAAGCCACCCAAGGUCCAGAUCGGCGUCUUCUCCAUGGUGCUCCAAACUAUCACCAUCGACAUGUGGCUGUCGGACAACAUACGCAUCGACUACUCGCCAUACUCCUCCACCGACAAUAUGCCCUCCACGCUGAUAAUGACCUACAUCGCGGAUACCAAACCGGCAAUCCUCUCGCACGCAGCCGUUGCCCGCCUCAACCAAAAUACAACCUCAUUCGAAGCACUGGUCCGGUUCGGCUUCUCACAAGAGGUCGAGGACUUUAAUUUGGUCUGUAACACAUCGGCACCGAUACAGCUUGCCUGCGACCUGGUGCUGGCUGGCCCAAUGUCUCAAUCGCCACUGUACAUCGUACGACUGACGCCUCUGGCCAAGCCUGGCGCGGUACUUCGUCUGCCGUCUUCCGUGGACAUCAGCUACAUGCUACCCCCGGGCAGAGCUGCGACCACACAGACCAAUGUGGCGCUGCGUCUGGACAGCUUGCAAUCAUUCGUCAGUGAUGUCCAAUAUGUGAUCGCCAACAACACGGUGGUGAGCGAGCAGUUGGCCGAGAACUACGUGUACACAUAUGUCACGGCCCUGUCCAACAAUCGACUGGUAUAUUUUGAUCAUUCGCUUGGCCGUCCCGUGUCGGCCGUCCAGCAACUGCUUGGCAACCCAGGCAACUCACUGCUCCAAUACCGAAUGCCCUGGAUCACAUCGAACUCCUCAUCAUUUGGACUGUUCUCAAUGGCCACGACGGUAUCACCAUUGGCCAGUCCGAUAAUGUACACGAGAAAGUUCAUCAAGCUACUAACAUCGAUGACGGGCAACAGCGAUCUCGUCAAAACAAACGUUAUCGAUAUGACACUGCUCAUCCCGGACAAGCUUGCCAAUGUCUACGUCUAUGGCAAGACCUUGCCCUUCCCCUAUGGCUACCCAUCGAGCUCAUCCUACCAUUCAGACAAGUUCACUUUUGCCAUGUCUUUCCCGACCACUGUGGCGCAGGUCCAAGUCCCCGUGACAGCCUACCAUGGAACCGACAUCUAUGUCGGGGGCGGGAUUGUCUACAGCAUCAAACCGAACACACCUACGAUUAACGUUCCUCAUAUGAACUCAUUCGUUGUGGUUCCAACAGGUCCUUAUUCAUGUAUUGUUCAGUUUAGCAUUACUUGCGCAUUGGGAUUCUUGAAGGCAACCACUUCUUAUGGACAGGUGAUUACAACCGCUGACUUGGUGUCUGGUGACCUCGUCAAUGGAGUGUACGAGGCAGAAUUGGAGAUGCCAACCACAAUGGACUAUCUACCAAGAUUCAAACUGUCACUCUACGACACCAAGAUGAUCGAGGCAUCAUUCCUCGAGGGGAUGCCAAUCAAUCAAAACUUUAACACUCAAUUGACAAGACUUCCAUAUUUCUCACUCGAUAUUAAUACGAUCCAGAGCUUCAGUUUCCAACCCAACAACUUGGAUGUGAGCAAUGGUCCAAAGAGCACGACCCUUACCAUCAAGGUGCCCACUCCUUGGAAGACUGGUGCACCUCGUUUCCAACUGUUUGUUAAUCAAGGCGUUGAGUCAAAGGACUACAUAUUCCAGGGUUAUUAUGAUGCCAAUCAACAAUCUUAUAUCAUUCCGAUUACAGUCCGCGAGCGACUAUUCACAGGACCCGUCAACUAUGUCAUCCACUCUGACCCAACCCCCUUGACCCCAUCACUACUGGCUUCCAACCCAUCCAUUGGGGACAAUGCUUACCUCAAUGUUGUUUCAGAAUUUGCCGACUUGAUGGGACCGAUGGUGGCCAACAUCACUCAAAUUCCAUUCGCUACUGGCGAUAAUUAUUACUUGUGGUAUGUGGCAAUCCAGGACUUGGAGUCUGGCAUCAGGAAUGUGGAAGCCUACGCUUGGACGGAUAUGUACCCAGUCAUUCAAAAUAUCACCAGAUUCAUUUCGUUUGUCGGUGGGGAUGCUUUCACCGGCAUCUACGCCAUCAAGUUCUUCCCCAAUCUCCAACCGCCAAUGGACGUCAACUACACACUGGAGCUGAUUCUCACGGACAAUCUAGGCAAUCAAGCCUCGUCAUUCAAGAACUACACCAACCCCGCACCCAACGUUGAUCCAUUCUUGAACAUUAUCAACACGCCAAUGUACUCUCUGCGCCAAUACACAGUCCCUCGCAACUCGAGCAUUGUAGUCACAACACCGCCAAGUGCUACACAAAUGAAACUAUUGAAUCCGGCAGCGACAAUCAAUGUGGCAUCAAUGACAAGGAACAUCAGCAUGUCCUUUACCCUCACCACCUCUGCACAAUGUAGCAUCACCAGGAUCUUAAACUUUAAUGUCGAUCAUAGACCGAUUGUAUACAUCCACUCAGUCUAUGGCGAUACCAUUGCCGUCCCAGCUGUGUACACUACGAGCAUUGCGGACACCACCACAGGGUGGUCCAUCAAUGAGCAGCUGCCCUAUGGCUUUGGCGCAUAUGGUCUGACAAUGUCGAUCUAUGGCGUGCCCGACUCUUGCUACAACUACACCUCAAUCCCAUCCGUGCUGAUGCUUGAUUACAUCAACAUCACGACAGAGUUCAAGUUGACAGGCCCCGUCAUCCUCUCAGCGAGCGACAUCACCAGCCGUGGUGGCUUGCUCUCCAUUCGCGGCAAGCAGUUUGGUUUCAUCAACUCGACACAAACAAUCCUGAUGGUAGACUACACAGGCAAUGCGACCAGCUUCCAGCAGGUGCCAACAUCCUUUGUCAGUGGACCACUGGUCGUUGCCAGUAUCUCUUCGUUCAGCAGCCCGUCCAUCCUGAUCAAGGUGAUCACGCUGGGUGUCGAGUCCAAUGUUUACAGGGUUGUGGCCUAUAUCGCCCCACCUCCAGUGAUUGUCCCGACACAGCGCCCAACAACACCCCCAUUGCACAGCAACCAGACAUGUCCGGGUAGCCCACCAUGUAGCAACCAGGGUCGCUGUGUGAAUGCUCUCUGCGUGUGCAACCCGCCAUGGUACGGUCCAACAUGUGAGUCAGAGAUCGUUGACACACCCGUCGAACACAAUCCCAAUGCACCAACCACAAGCUUUGACUUCUCCACCGGCGUGUCCGUUGUGGAGAUUCAAGAGUUGACCAGUACUGGCGAUAUCUUCCAGCGCUAUAACCUGACAUCGACUUGGGAGUACUCCAAUGUUACAACCAACUAUGGCCAGACAUUCAACUACGUCUCCAAGCUGCCGACCAGGACACCCUCCAGCGUGUUAGUUCGCGUCGACUACUUUAACGUGGAGGCCAACGUAACAUUUGCCAACAAACUAUAUACGAUGCGGCCAUCCACCGUCAAGUAUUCAAUCUCAAUCACCCAAUAUCCGUUCAACUCCACGGUCAACACUCUGCGCGUCCUCCUCACGGCCUCAAUCAACAACACGAUCGACGACUGCUCGUCCAGCUCGGAUGUCGGACAGAUCAACAGUCGCGUCCAAUGGAUCAAACUCAAUGUCCGCGGCCACAGUCUGUACGGCCGAUUCAUCGACACUGGUGUUGUGGACGGACGCCCAACCAUCAUUAACAACAUCCUGAUGAAUGGUAAUGGAAAUGACAACAGUACAACCGAUGGCCAAUCAAUUAUUGCUAUGGACAUGCCAUACUUCCGCUUCACGGGCAUGAUUGAUCCCGAUUUCUCCGUGUUGGUGGACAAGAAUUAUAAUGCCAACAAGUGUUCUAGUAGUAGUGGAUUGAGCAACGAGGCCAAGAUCGCCAUCAUUGUUGCAGUCUGUGGCGCCGUCUGUGUGGCCCUCGUCAUCGUGGCCAUACUCAAACGAAGUGAGAUCAGAAUGGCCGCUAAAAUGCUCAACAGGAAGCUGAGGCACAAGCAAGAAGUCAAGAUGGACAACAUGUAA